GCGGCUCUGCGCACUCCCGUGCGUCCCGGGAGCGUGUCUGCCGAUCUCUCCGCGCACCAGGCCGCUCCCCGCCGUAGCGGGCGCCAUGGUCGCUCCCGGGGCCCGGGCCCGCGGCUGGGCGGCGGCGACCAAAAUGGCCCAGAGGCGCCGCCACGCGGAGGGCGCCAAGGGACCCCGAAUCCUGAGUCCCCGAGCCUCGCGCGCGGCGCUUUAGCUGCACUGGCCGUACUGCGAGAAGCGCUGCAGCUACUGCAAUUUCAACAAGUACGUCCCCCGCGGCGUGGAGGAGGCUGCCAUGCGGAGCUGUCUGGUGACUGAGGCGCAGACGCUGCUGGGGCUCAGCGGCGUGCGGCGGGUGGACUCUGUGUUCUUUGGUGGGGGCACCCCCAGCCUGGCCAGUCCCAACACUGUGGCUGCUGUCCUGGAGGCGGUGGACCGGGCAGCCCACCUGCCUGCAGACUCCGAAGUCACAUUGGAGGCCAACCCCACUUCGGCCCCAGGCUCUAGGCUGGGCUUUGGGGCAGCAGGGAUCAACAGGUUGUCCAUUGGUCUCCAGUCCCUAGAUGACAAGGAGCUCCAGCUGCUGGGGCGGACACACACGGCCAGCGAUGCGCUUCAGACACUGGCAGAGGCCCGACGUCUCUUUCCCGGACGUGUAUCUGUGGACCUGAUGUUGGGGCUUCCGGCACAAAAGUCGGGGCCGUGGCUCCGGCAGCUGCAGGAACUGCUGGGCUACUGUGACGACCACAUCUCCCUCUACCAGCUGACCCUGGAGCGGGGCACCGCACUCUUCACCCAGGUGCAGCGGGGCACCCUUCCCGCCCCUGACCCCGAGGUGGCUGCUGAGAUGUAUCAGGAGGGACGGACGGUGCUCCGGGAGGCAGGCUUCCGCCAGUAUGAGGUCUCCAACUUCGCCCGCAAUGGGGCGCUUAGUACCCACAAUUGGACUUACUGGCAGUGCGGUCAGUACCUUGGCGUUGGGCCCGGGGCCCACGGGCGAUUUGUGCCCCAGGGGGCCGGGGGCCACACCCGGGAGGCUCGGAUCCAGACCCUGGAGCCUGACAACUGGAUGAAAGAGGUGACGCUGUUUGGCCACGGCACCCGGAAGCGCGUUCCCUUGGGCGAGCUGGAGCUGCUAGAGGAAGUUUUGGCCAUGGGGCUACGUACAGACGUGGGGAUCACUCACCAGCACUGGCAGCGGUUUGCAUCCCAGCUGAGCCUAUGGGACGUGUUUGGAUCAAGCCAGGAGGUGAAGGCCUUGCUGGUACAGGGCCUGUUGCUGCUGGAUCACAGGGGUCUUCGGUGUUCCUGGGAGGGUCUGGCUGUACUAGACUCUCUGUUGCUGACCCUCCUGCCCCGACUCCAAGAGGCCUGGCUGCAGAGCGCCCCCUCCCCUGGGCAAGGGGGAUGACCAGAUGUUUCUGUGAUCCCAGGACAGUGCCAGGUGGGCUCUGGGGGCCGGACUGACGCUCUCCACUGGCAGGUGCCGUCCCAGCUCCAGUCGGUGCCCUUCCUUGGUAUCCCCAGGGGGUAUGGCUACCAUGAGGCGCAUGAGAGGACAUUGCUGGUUUGCAAACUGGCAUUGAGUUUGCCCUCCGCUGCCAGAGAAGGAGUAAUGGUUUCUGCAAGUGCCUCUCAUUAGUGGGCUUCAAAGGAAAUCCUGGCCCCUCCAACAUAGGGCAGGACUUAGAGGGCCCGACCUGUGCGGCUGGACCCGUGCCCACAUCCAGUACAGACACCUGCUGGACUCUGAGGACAGUGGGAAAGAUCAGAGCAAGCCUUACCCUUUCUCUUUUGGCAACUGGGUUAUGUCUGGGGUCCCAGGGCCACACAGACCCUCCUGCGUCCCCGGCUCCCCUCCCCUCCCCUUCUCUCACGAGAGUGAAGGUCGCAGGGAGCUAAGCAGGGAAAGGGGAGGGGAAAAGAAUUCAGGAAAGACCCAGAGCCUGGUAAUUUUCCCCUGGCCUUUUACCUGCACAAACGAUUGCCUGGUUUUAUUUAAACAGCCCAACAAGCCCAGGGAGGGAGCCCGCCUUGACCUUCGUCAGCUCCUUUUUCUAGGUUCCUUCCCUGGAGAGUAGAAUCCUGAUUUGGGGGCUCGAGGCUUAGUCUAGAGCCGAGAUUCCUUCCCCCACUGUACAUUCCAUUUUAAAAGAUUUCAAACCUACAGGAAAGUUAAAAGGAUAGUUCAAUGUAAACUACAUAGCCUUCGUUGCAGGGUGCCUUGUACAGUCUGGAAAGAGGAAGGAUUCAUAAUGUCAUCAAGGACAUCUUCAACCUGUAAAAAAAUAAAAUAGCCAUGUUUCCAGACUUUGUGCUCACCCUGUAGAGUUUGCGAUUGCUACAUUUUGGCCACAUUUACUUUACCUUUGAAUAGCUAGCUAGCUCUUUCUUUCUUUCUUUUUCUUUGCUGCACCAUUUGAAAGAAGGGUGUAGACAUCAAACAUUUUAGCUUGUAUCUCCUAAGAAAAAGAACAUUGUCCAAUAUAGCCACAGCAAUAUCACCAACCUAAGAAAGUGUAUGUUCGUGCAAUACUGUGUGGUCCAUUUUCAAAUGUUCCCGAAUGUCUCCAAAACGUUGUAACUCUCUUUGGAAGCCGGGGGGGGGGGGGGGGGCGGGUGUCGA